CUUGCCCUCAACAACGGCAUUCCUCGCUCUUCAGCCACCGCAAGCAUCCCCGCACACAGGGCUACUCCCUCGACUCCUUCCAACAAGCCUGAGCGAUAUCGCGUUACGUACACCUACACUCCUCCAAAUCGUCUUCGUCAAGCCCAGGAAAUGCCGUAUGCAAACGGCUACGCAAACGGCAACGGACAUGUACCUGCUGGGAAAGGUUGGAAGGCGAGCGAGGAAUUCACGCAAGGAGGAGGGUACGACGAAGGUGUACGAUGGGCAGACCAAAGCGGUUGGGUCCAGCGAAUCUCUGCACUUUGGCAGAAGCACACAGGCACCCCAUUCCGCCCUCCACACAUCCAACUCCCAUCACUGGGCUUCAAGUUCAUACUUCUCUGUGCUCUGUGGUACACCUGCAGCGCAAUGGCGAGCAACACCGCAAAGCCCCUCCUCAACCUCUAUCGAUAUCCCGUCACCCUCACCUUCCUCCAGUUUGGAUUCGUUGCCGCAUACUGCAUGCCCUUUUUCAGUCCCAUAUGGAAGCUCACUACUCUACGCGCACCCACGAAGGCGAUACUCAAAAGCACAAUACCCAUGGGCUUGUUCCAGGUCGGAGGCCACAUUUUUUCCAGCAUAGCCAUCUCCCGAGUGCCUGUGAGCACAGUACAUACUAUAAAGGCACUGUCACCCUUGUUUACUGUUGGAGCAUAUGCGCUGGUGUUUGGAGUGACUUAUUCGCCGAAGACCUACCUUUCAUUGGUGCCCUUAACCGUGGGCGUUAUGCUAGCCUGCACGUUUGACAUGACUGCGUCCUCCGCACUUGGCUUGCUCUGCGCAUUCGGCUCGACACUCGUCGUCGUCUCCUCGAAUAUCUUCUUCAAGAAAAUCAUGCCAAGCAAGCCAACCAAUGCCCCGCACCUCCCCGGCCCAUCACACAAGUUGGACAAGCUCAACCUCCUGUUUUACACAUCGGGCCUUGCAUUCAUCAUGAUGAUCCCUCUGUGGCUAUAUUCGGAUGUGGGCAGACUUUGGGAAGAUCUGACGACCUACGACGAGAGCAAACCUGCCAACCGGACCUCUGCGGCAGCCUACUACCUACUCCUGAAUUGCACCGUCCAUUUCGCCCAGAACCUGAUCGCAUUCGCACUCCUGUCGAUGUGCUCUCCUGUCACGUACUCUAUCGCCUCGCUGGUGAAGCGAAUCGCCGUCAUCUGCAUCGCGAUCCUAUACUUCAAUCAGCCUGUCCACCCGAUCCAAGCAGGCGGUAUCUUCCUCGCCGGUAUCGGUCUAUGGAUGUACAACGCCGCAAAAGGCGAUAUUGAGAAGGGCGAGAAGCGUGCACAACGAGUCGCCGCGGCGGGCGAUCUACAACUCCCGACAUCUCGCGACGAACUCUCGAAAUCGGACGAUGAGCGAAUGGAUGCCCGCGUCCGCCCCGCACCGUUGUACGACGAAGGACGAUUGCGGUCUGUUUCCAGUUCUGUUCCGCAUGCUUCCCUCACAGCGCGAGGAACGACGUUCACCAUCCCUAAGCCACCCGCACUCAACAUCCCCAGUUAUGGGUAUAAGAAUGGCGCGGAGAUCUACCCCAGCCCGCCGGACAGCCGCGACUCUCCGCCCUUGAAGGCAGGCGUACCGCUUGACGGGGCGCUCGUGAACAGCCUAGCGCCACCUAUGGAAUUAUCCGCAAAGGGUGCUCUGGUGGACCUAGCGAACUACACGCGGCCGACAGCGAUGGUGCACUGAACUUCGUAAGCUUGGCGCCCUGUAGAGGAGGAAAUGUAUAGAAGCGAGGUGGAAGGCGGACCUUCCCGUGCUGUAAUAUUCGGACCUGACGAAACCAUGGACUGACGCUCUUAUGCAUCCAUACCCUUAGAUCAGUUAUGCCUGAUGUUUCUAUGCGUCCGUCUCCUGGUGAGCGGUGUGUAUUCGGCAUACUUCUUUUGAACUGAACAUUUAGUGCCCGGCAUCAAAAGUGCAGUUUUCUCUACACAGAUAGCAUCUAUGUAAC